GUGCGGGUCCUGGAGGAGAGGGCGCUGGCCAAGUUGUGAGGAUGCAUCUGGAAUCCGACUCGAAGGCCUUCUGGAAGCGCAUGGGGAGAGGGACCACAACGGUGGAGGAUCUGUUAGCGAGGCCAGACCGAUCACUGAUAGGUGUAGAGUUUAAGUUUCCAAAAUGGGAGAGAGGAAAAAAUGGCGAGCCUAGAAGAGUGGAAGGAAACGGAUGGGGCGGUGCACGCAACCAAGCUGCAGCAAGCGUCCCGACGGUAGAAGGAACCCCACAAACAAAUGAGGACGGGAAUGGCCCGUGCUUGUCGGCCGAGAACGUGUAUGGGGUCGAGGGGGUGAGUGUUGAAGACCCUACACAACCGCAUGGCACUCAUUCGAGCCCCCAAACCGGUGGCUAUUCUGAGGGGCCAAACAGCCUGGAUGCUGGCUCCGUGACGCGCAAGCGUCGUUGGCCCCGUGGCACGUGCGUGAGGUCUGCGUGCAGAGGUGCAAUGCAACUUGAGUCGUGGAAGCGGUCAUGGGCAUGUCUGGGGUUGCUGUGGUUGUGCAAUGUCUGCUCAGCCAAGGAGGAAUUUUGGUCAAGUAGUCGAGUGAGAGAUGACCUACCUCCCAGCAAGCGUGGUCCACGUAGUCCGCCAUUGAUGGGUAAGAUGAUUGGAGCAUUCGCUCUUGCCGGGAUUGGGUAUCAGCAGAUGUGGGAGUGGCCUGUCCCAUCCUCUCUCCUGUCCCACAUUCCUAUCCCCCCCUGCAUGACCACAACGGAGAGCAUGCUGCAUAUCUCUGAUCCGCAAGGGCUAGGGCAAGCAGCAUUGGACAUCAGCCAAGUCACCAUCAGCCCCAUUCAUCACUCAUCCUACACGUGUUCACGUGUAACUCUAAGCGUGUGCUUGUCUCGCACUAAUACCGUGCACGUGAGCAUGCCGUUUUUUUCACAAGUUGUGGAGGCAAAUGACGCAACGCGCUCCCCGAUGGCUAGAAGCUGA